CUCCUCCUCCUCAGGAUAAAGAGGGAUCACUGUGGGGGGGCCGGCAGCCUUCCUCUCCCUCCUUCUCUCUGCUCUCUCACCGCCUCCUCCUCGUCGCUGACAGCUCCUGGGCGGACGUGCAGCCAAGAUGAUAGCGGCUCAGCUCCUGGCCUACUACUUCACCGAGUUGAAGGAUGAUCAACUCAAGAAGAUCGAUAAGUACCUGUACUCCAUGCGCUUCUCGGACGAGACGCUGAGGGACGUCAUGAACCGGUUCCGCAGGGAGAUGGAGAACGGGCUCGGACGGGACACGAGCACCACGGCCACCGUGAAGAUGCUGCCGACCUUCGUCAGGUCCAUCCCCGAUGGAUCAGAAAAGGGAGACUUCAUAGCGCUGGACCUCGGGGGGUCUAACUUUCGGAUCCUGCGGGUUAAAGUGACGCGGGACAAGAAGCAGCCGGUUCAGAUGGAGAGCCAGGUGUACGAGACCCCGGACGACAUCAUCCACGGGAGCGGGACUCAGCUCUUCGGUCACGUCGCAGAUUGCCUGGCUGAUUUCAUGGAAAAGCAGAAAAUCAAGGACAAAAAGCUUCCUGUCGGAUUAACCUUCUCCUUCCCCUGCGCCCAGAGCAAACUGGACGAGGCAGUCUUAGUGACAUGGACAAAGAAGUUUAAAGCCAGUGGCGUGGAAGGGAUGGACGUCGUGAAGCUUCUGAACAAGGCCAUCAAGAAACGAGGGGACUGUGACGCCGACAUCAUGGCCGUGGUUAACGACACGACUGGCACCAUGAUGACCUGCGGAUUUGACGACCAGCGCUGUGAAGUGGGCAUCAUCAUAGGGACGGGAACCAACGCCUGCUACAUGGAGGAGCUGCGUCACAUCGACCUGGUGGAGGGGGACGAGGGCCGGAUGUGCAUCAACACGGAGUGGGGCGCCUUCGGGGACGACGGGUCCCUGGAGGACCUCCGCACAGAGUUCGACCGUGAGAUCGACAGAGGUUCCAUCAACCCAGGGAAGCAGCUGUUCGAGAAGAUGGUCAGUGGCAUGUACAUGGGGGAGCUGGUCCGACUCAUUCUGGUCAAGAUGGCCAAAGAGGGCCUGCUGUUCGAGGGCCGGAUAACCCCCGAGCUCCUGACCAAAGGGAAGAUCGAGACCAAACACGUCUCCGCCAUCGAGAAGACCAAGGAAGGACUGAAGAAGUGCAUGGAGAUCCUGACGAGGCUCGGGGUGGAGCCGUCGGAUGAGGACUGCCUGGCCGUGCAGCACGUGUGCACCAUCGUGUCUUUCCGUUCGGCGAAUCUAAUCGCAUCCACACUGGGAGGAAUCCUCUCUCGCCUAAAGGAAAACAAAGGAGUGGCCCGCCUGCGCACCACCGUGGGCAUCGACGGGUCGCUGUACAAGAUGCACCCGCAAUACGCUCGCCGCCUGCACAAGACCGUGCGUCGCCUGGUGCCGGACUCAGACGUGCGCUUCCUGCUGUCUGAGAGUGGGAGUGCGAAGGGUGCUGCCAUGGUAACAGCGGUGGCGUACAGGCUGACGGAGCAGUCGCGCCAGAUCCAGCAGACGCUGGCAGAGUUCCGGCUGAGCAAAGCCCAGCUGCUGGAGGUGAAGAAACGCAUGAGGGCCGAGAUCGAGAGAGGCCUGAAGAAGGAGAGCCACCAGGAGGCCGCCGUCAAGAUGCUGCCCACCUUCGUCCGAAGCACCCCCGACGGAUCAGAGAACGGAGAUUUCCUGGCUCUGGACCUCGGAGGGACCAACUUCCGUGUUCUUCUGGUGAAGAUUCGCAGCGGGAAGAGACGAUCGGUGGAGAUGCACAACAAAAUCUACCAGAUUCCCAUAGAGGUCAUGCAGGGAACUGGAGAGGAGCUCUUUGACCACAUUGUGCACUGCAUCUCCGACUUCCUGGACUACAUGGGAAUGAAAAGUGCUCGACUGCCGCUCGGCUUCACCUUCUCCUUCCCCUGCCACCAGACCAGCCUGGACGCAGGGAAACUCGUCACCUGGACCAAAGGCUUCAAGGCCACAGACUGCGAGGGCGAGGAUGUGGUGGAGCUUCUCCGGGACGCCAUCAAGAGGAAAGAGGAGUUUGAGCUGGAUGUGGUUGCCAUAGUGAACGACACCGUGGGGACGAUGAUGACUUGUGCGUACGAGGAACCCACUUGUGAGGUGGGACUGAUCGCAGGGACGGGCAGUAACGCCUGUUACAUGGAGGAGAUGAGGAACAUUGAGAUCGUGGACGGAAACGAGGGCCGCAUGUGCGUCAACAUGGAGUGGGGGGCGUUCGGAGACAACGGCUGCCUGGACGACAUCAGGACGCAGUACGACCACUCGGUGGACGAGAACUCACUCAACGAAGGCAAACAAAGAUACGAGAAGAUGUGCAGCGGCAUGUACCUGGGAGAGAUCGUCAGGCAGAUCCUCAUCGAUUUGACCAAGCGCGGCUUCCUCUUCCGGGGACAAAUCUCAGAGACGCUGAAGACCACGGGCAUCUUCGAGACAAAGUUUCUGUCGCAGAUAGAGAGCGAUCGUCUGGCGCUGCUGCAGGUCAGGGCCAUCCUGCAGCAGCUGGGGCUCGACAGCACCUGUGACGACAGCAUCAUCGUCAAAGAGGUGUGCGGCACCGUGUCCCACCGCGCGGCUCAGAUCUGUGGAGCCGGGAUGGCUGCCGUGGUGGACAAGAUCCGUGAGAACCGAGGCCUGGACCACCUGGAGGUCACCGUGGGCGUGGACGGCACGCUCUACAAGCUCCACCCACACUUCUCACGGAUCUUCCAGCAGACGGUGAAGGAACUCGCCCCCAAGUGUGACGUCACCUUCCUGUUGUCCGAGGACGGCAGCGGCAAGGGCGCCGCCCUCAUCACCGCCGUGGGCUGCCGCCAGAGAGAGCUGGAGGCGCAGCAGCACUGAGGAGCUCCGCCACGUUUGUCCUUGAGAACUACCUGCUGCUCCAUCGUGACCUUCACCCCCCCCCCAAACCCCCUGCACAGC